UUCGGUAGCAGGACGAGAAGCUAGUUUCGAACGACCCAUCAACACCAAACGCUCCUCCGCUCGCUAGGUCGCACUUCUUCCCGGAAAAUUGAUUAAGAGAGAAGAUAAAAAAAAACAGAUAAAGAGUGAGUAAAUGACCAAACUACCCCUGGGAAAACUCAAUAAUUAAGUUCGUGCCAUCAUUAAACCCUACCGGCGGUUGUCUCUCUUCCUUCUGUUAACAGAUCAAAACUUGCCGCUAACGGUCGCCGGGAAGUGAUGGUGGCGUGUUCUGUUGGGGAGCAACACUUUCUCAAAGGUGGGAUCGCUCAGGAACUUAGAACUGAUGGUCGGAAAAGAUUGACUUACCGAUCUAUCUACGUCGAAACCGGUGUUAUUCCGCAGGCUAAUGGUUCAGCGAGAGUUAGGAUAGGUGGAACUGAUGUGAUUGCCAGUGUGAAGGCUGAGAUUGGGAGGCCAAGUUCGGUCCAACCAGAUAAAGGAAAGGUUGCGGUUUUCAUUGAUUGCAGUCCAACCGCAGAACCUAUAUUCGGGGGGAGAGGAGGUGAGGAAUUGUCUAAUGAGCUUGCUUUGGCUCUUCAAAGAUGUCUUCUAGGUGGCAAAACCGGAGCAGGGGCUGGGAUAAAUUUAUCUUCGCUUUUGAUUCAAGAAGGAAGAGUCUGCUGGGACCUUUAUAUAGAUGGGCUUGUCAUUAGUUCGGAUGGGAAUCUGUUGGAUGCACUGAGUGCUGCCAUUAAGGCUGCUUUAACCAACACCGCUAUACCAAAAGUCCAAGUUUCAGCUCAAGUGGCGGAUGAUGAGCAACCAGAGAUUGACAUCAGCGACGAAGAGUAUCAACAGUUCGACACUUCCAGUGUCCCAGUCAUUGUCACGUUAACCAAAGUGGGGAAUCAUUACAUAGUUGAUGCAACAGAGGAAGAGGAGUCUCAGAUGAGCUCAGCUGUGUCUAUAUCCGUGAACCGAGCGGGCCAUAUAUGUGGAUUAACCAAAAGAGGCGGAUCUGGUUUGGACCCGACCGUCAUUCUUGACAUGAUCUGUGUGGCCAAGCAUGUGUCAGAGACUCUGAUGAACAAUCUUGAUUCUAAGAUUUCAGCUGCAGAGGCCUGUGAAGACUGAGUCUUGAUUGUAUUUUUAAUUGUUUAUACUAAAACACUGAGUUUCUUCUCUUUUGACUCCAUUGUUUAUGGAUCUUUGUUUAAAGUGAGAGAAAAAAAACAUAACAAGUUACAUGAGAG